GUGCGCAGGAUGGCGGACUUCGACGAGAUCUACGAGGAGGAGGAGGACGAGGAGCGGGCCCUGGAGGAGCAGCUGCUCAAGUACUCGCCCGACCCGGUGGUGGUCCGCGGCUCCGGGCACGUCACCGUAUUUGGAUUGAGCAACAAAUUUGAAUCAGAAUUUCCUUCUUCACUAACUGGAAAAGUAGCUCCUGAGGAAUUUAAAGCCAGCAUCAAUAGAGUCAACAGUUGUCUUAAGAAGAACCUCCCUGUUAAUGUGCGAUGGUUACUUUGUGGCUGCCUUUGUUGCUGUUGCACGUUGGGUUGCAGUAUGUGGCCAGUUAUUUGCCUCAGUAAAAGAACACGAAGAUCGAUUGAGAAGUUAUUAGAAUGGGAAAACAAUAGGUUAUACCACAAGCUGUGCUUGCACUGGAGACUGAGCAAAAGGAAAUGUGAAACGAAUAACAUGAUGGAAUAUGUCAUCCUUAUAGAAUUUUUACCAAAGACACCAAUCUUUCGACCAGAUUAGCAGUUACCUUAUUUCUAGAGACUUUCCAGUAUGUUGUCUUUCCAAUGGUGCCUUGCUCGGUGCUCUCCUGGUGGUGACAUAACAUUGGUUCUACAGAAUUGUGUGGUGUUUUUCCCUGUUUUUUUUUUUUUGGGUUGUUGUUACUGUUAUUGUUUGUUUUUGUUUGUUUUUUAAAUAACCGCAUGUUCUAAGUGUGCAUUUUGUCAAACUUUGCAACAGUUAUUUCAUACAGAUGUUUAAUACUUAAGUUAUUGUGCUCCUUUCUGUUAUGUAUCUGAUUUUCAAGGAUUACGUUUUUGUAUUAUCAAAAAAAAAAUACAUUUGAACUUAGCAUUAAAAA